CCCUGCUUCCAGUUGUCAGCCAUCUGUACGCUGCGCUUACGGACCAGAAAGAGCUUCUGCUUUCUGACUUUUCCCUUCUGAAAAUAGAACCGAAUGGAUGAAUAAUGCAAUCCAUCCAUGGCCGUCUCCAUCGCCAUCCCCAGCUAACCACUCCUGCCCUACCCUGCUAACCAAUCCGGCUGAAGUAACCGACGCUCCAUUUUCUUCUCCUCCUCAUGUUCUUCUGCUUGUCUCCCGAGGAAAAGGUUGAGAUGGUCUGAUUUUGUCUGUAUGCGUUUACUCCGUUGAAUUCUAUUCAAUUGGCCGGAGAAGUUGUCCGCGGGGAGAAAGAAAUGACUCGGUUCCGACCGACAUCUCCGUCGGCAUCAAUUUCGCCUUCGAUCAACGACGCCGCAGCUCUGAUUCCCGGCCUUCCGAACGAUGUAGCAGCGCAGAUACUAUCCAUGCUCCCUUACUCUCACCACUCCCGUCUAAAGUCCACCUGCAGAUCCUGGUGCAUCUUCCUCUCUUCCGAAACCCUAAUUUCCCUUCGCCGCCACCUCCGCAAACUCAGCAACCUCCUCUGCAUCUUCCCGCAGGACCCUUCCAUCUCCUCUCCCUACCUCUUCGAUCCUCGGACCCUCGCAUGGAGGCCUCUCCCGCCUAUGCCCUGCAACCCCUACGUCUACGGGCUCUGCAAUUUCACUUCCGUCUCCCUCGGCCCUCACCUCUAUGUCCUCGGAGGAUCCCUCUUCGACACCCGUUCCUUCCCCAUGGACCGGCCUUCCCCGUCAUCCGCCACUUUCCGGUUCAAUCUCGUCACUUCCACCUGGGACCAGCUGUCGCCGAUGCUCUCCCCUCGUGGCUCCUUCGCUUGUGCAGCGGAUCCUGGAUCGGGGCAGAUAAUUGUGGCCGGGGGAGGGUCGAGGCACGCGAUUUUCGGUGCUGCAGGGAGCCGGAUGAGCUCGGCGGAGGUGUAUGAUGUUGUGAGGGAUGAGUGGGUGCCCAUGGAUGGACUGCCCAGGUACAGAGCAGGCUGCGUGGGUUUCUUGGGUGGUGGUGAUGAUGGGGAACAGAAGAAGUUCUGGGUGAUGGGAGGGUAUGGAGAAUCGCGGACGAUUUCGGGCGUGUUUCCUGUGGAUGAGUACUAUAAGGAUGCUGUGGUGAUGGAUGUGAAUAGUUAUGGGACUGGUAAGUGGAAAGAGGUUGGGGAUAUGUGGCAGGAAGGGGAGCGAGCAAGGCUUGGCAAGGUUGUCGCCGUUGAGGACGAUGGUAAUGGCUGCCCUGCUGUUUUCAUGCUUGACGAGAAUGAUAUCUUCAGGUACGACAUGACUUGUAACCGUUGGCACAAAGAGACCAGCGUACCACGAAAAGCACCUCUACAUUCUUCUUUUGGCUUCAUUGUGCUAGACAAGGAGCUUCACAUUAUGACGAUCCUUAAAGGGUCGGAUUCAACAGAGACACGGAGGACAAGACAGCAGAAGAGGGCAGGGACACUUUUCAUCCAAAUAUACAGUCCUGGGAAGAAGACUUGGAGGUCACUCAUCGCCAAGCCACCAUUCCAGUCGUCGCUGGACUUCAAUACCACUGUUAUGUGCUCGAUUCAAAUGUAGAGCUGCUGCUGCUGCUGCACCUUACCGCAGGCUGCAGGAAGGUAUCGGUUGCAUCAUAUAAUUGCUGGAUCCUAAUGAAGAUUGUGCUUGCAUAAAACACUUGAUUGUUGUUGUUGUUAUUGCUGUUGUUACCAUCGUGGCGUAGGCCAUUCGUUGUACAGAUUGAUAGGGAGGUGGGACGAAAUCUGAUUUUUGCUGCAGCAGAUCAUUUUGCAAAUGAGAUUUGAAGAAUUGAAUGGGUUGUACAUGUCUCUCAUUCAAGAACAGUGAAAAUAAGGUCUGUGUUAUGUGUUUGCUUCAAAGAAAAGAGAUAUAGAGAAAGAAGAGUUGCUUGUACUUGUUAACUUCCUGGUCAGGCAGGGUAGCAACAGAGAACUGGUCUUGUUAGGCUUUAGCUGAGACCGGGUUCGUGCUUUCAUUGAAUGAGAAACCUUGACCACUUUGGCUUUGACAGGACUGGGAUUUACGCCCGAAGAAUUUGAAGUUAGUUUCUGCCCUGAAAUAUUUGCAAAGAAAAUGAACCACUUUUCAAAGU